GCGUUGGCCAGCACUGUACAAAAUAACAUCGAGCAUGAAAUGAUAGGUUUUAAGUUUUAUUCUGGGCUUCAUGCAUGUUAUAGAAAAGGAUGAUCGUUCACCGAUGACGUCCGGCAGCGAUACCGAGGACUACUCGCCUCCCGAUUCGCCUCCUGGACCUAGUUGUAGUAAUAGUAAAAUACCUAAUGAUCCAAUCAUUAAUAGUAAUAAUCACAGUGUUAGUAUAGCGCCACAAACGUCGUCUUCUAGUACGUCAACUUCAGCAGCAGCAGCAGCAGCAGCAUCGUCGGCAGCGGCACAGGCAGCUGCGAAUAGCAACACGCUGUCCGUCCUCCAGCAGCAAAUCAAACAACAGCAGCAGGCUCUCCAGCACCAAAUUCAACAACAGCAACAACAACAACAACAACAUCAGCAGCAGCAACAACAACAACAACAACAACAACAACAACAACAACAACAAUCAUCAUCAAAAUCGGCUCAACAUCAUCAACAACAUCAGCAACAGCAAGCUCAAGUGACAAGCAAUGUAAUCUAUCCGGCAGCGGCCUUGGCUAAUCUACCUCAGGACGUGCUGGUCAGUCUGCUGCAGUCCGGGCAGAUUCAGCUGCACAACGAGGACGGCGCCCAGCAAUACAUCACCAUCCCGCUAUCGCUCAUGUCGACCCUCAAACAGCACGAGCCGAAGAAUGCCAACGGAAACAACUGUUCAUCGCCAAACAAUACCAAACCAAACUCUUCCAACUCUAGAUCAUCGUCUUCUUCUUCGACGUCUUCUUCUCGGGCCUCGCCAGCCACUGCUGGCGCCAGGCAACCACCACCGGGACUGUCCAAGGACAUCAUCGUCAAAACAGAAGUCGACGAAUGAAUCCAAAGUUUUGUUCUGUUUUUUUUUUCAAUUUGUCCGGUUUGCACUUGCUUUUACAGGAUUUUGCUUCUUAUAAUUUUGGGCUUGUCAAUUAAUACUCUACAUUUUCUCCAACUGGAAUAGCUGCCAAAUAAGAACUACCAAUUAGUUUUUCAUAGCUUUCGAAAUUUUGUUGCUUUUUUAUCUGAAUUUUGAACGAGCUUGCCAAAUUCUCGUUGGAGCCCGGAGAAUAGACUUAAUACAAUAAAUUAGCUCAACUAUACUAUACAUUGUAUCUUAAAAAAAAUUCGAACCUUAAGCCAGUGGCUAAGGUCACUUUCACUAUAGCAUAACAACAACUAACGCUUUUAAGAAUUAAUCUUUAAAACAAAAAUAAUAACCAUUAAAUACCAAUUAUCGGGAAUUACCAAAACAGACUCAGACAAUUGCUAUUCACAUUUAUAUGAAAACAAAAAAAUCAAAACACACGCGGGACUAGUAGAUUUUUCUCGCAGUGCAAAGCAAAUAAAGCGAAGGGGUUUGCAAACACUUAAAACUGCAUAACAAAUAAGCAAAAAUUCGGAAUGAGAUUCGAGCUGUUGUCGUUUUGAAGUUGACCUACGAUUAAGUUGGCGUAACAUUAGUUCUUAAUACUAAAGUUUAAGAUCUUUAACUAAUCUUAUGGCUAAGGAUGAAAUUUCUCAUUGUUUUAUUACUUCUAGCUAAACAUAAAACCAUAUCCAUAGAUCUUCACUUGUGCACCUAAAAUGUGUAUGCUAGGUCAAAUAUUGAGCCGUAAGUAAGGAAAUUUUCUGACCUUAAGCAUACGGUAAAAGCUCCACAUCAAACAUCAAAUUGUUCAUAAACACGCUCUCAAAGCAUUUUUUUUUGUUUCAUUACGUUUGUCUCUAGUUCUAUUCUA